AUGCCUGCAGAGCCACUUCCGGACUAUUCUUCCAGUGUUUCAUUAACUAACAUAGAACUUAUUGACCUUUUUAAGCAAAGCCACUCUUCACUUCACUCACAACCCUUCCAUGGCAGAUACCCGAAUGAUCGGGCCUUCAAGUUAAUUCAUCAUGGUUACAUCGGGUGUGCGCCACUACUAUAUCCUUGUACGGCUGCUAUCUCACUGUGCACUCUUGCUGCAUACCGUCAAAUGCAUCGCUCAUGUCCCCGAUUCAGCAUUCAAGUGCAAGUGAAAAGUCUCUGUUUCCUGCACAAUACUCCCUAUCAGCCAUACCUCAACAUACAAUUCUCAGCUGCUUUCGACAUCUAUCUAGAAAUACUUCACCGUGUGAAACAAUGUCUUUUGGCAGCACUCAAUCAUGACACGCUGGACUGGCGCAUGCUCAAUUCAUGCCUGGCUUGCUUCUAUAAGCUAGAGGAUGAGCUAGUGCUACAAUUUGACCAGCUGGUAUCCAUCAACAGCAAUAACAGUUUGAAAUGCUGGGACUCCAGUAUUUACAGCUCGAACCAACACAUUGAUUCUUGUAAGGCCUGGUCAGAUUAUUGGCUUGAUCCUUGCGAUGUAGACCAGUUUAAGGAUGAAUCUGACCAUACUAUGCAGAGGGAUACAAAUGACAAUAACUGGGAGGAUGAAAUGAUCACAGCUGAGGGCACCACCCCAGCACUCAAUUGCGUCAACCAAUGGCAUAAUGCUGGUCUGGACACUUGCAAAAAAAUGUUUGCCGCAGUCUUUGAUCAAUCUGGGAUCUUUAUUGCAGUGUGCCAUCAUAGGUUUGUUGUUCUAGCCUGCAACAUGAUAUGGAAUGGAGAAUUAGUGAAAUACCCGCUGGCUAGAAUUGAGAAGCUCCUUGCCAUAUAUGGGGAAAACAGCGGCUGUGCAUAUGAUAUCGGAUGCACUUUUUCAAAGACGCUGACAAACAGUUCCUUGGGUAUGCGAGCACGCGAGUUAGACCUUCAUCUCAUGGUGGGCGUGUUUCAUGGACAUGCCCAUAAUUGUAAGUGCCAGCUAGACUGGCAUCCCAUGUACAUUCCGGGAACUGGACACACCGAGGGCGAAGGGUGCAAACAUGUGUUCUCCUCAUUGAAUGAGCUUGCUUGUAGCACAAGACACACAAGUCCAUUCCACUGGACUAUCAAAGAACAUUUUUCAUUUUGGGAUGCUGACAAGUACACCACUCUCAGUGAGUAA